AUGAAGCCGAUUUCAGUCAUACAUCUCUUCUUUUCAAGCGCUUUCGCCUGCUCACGUGUGGCGUAUAAUGCAGGAGCUCAGGAUGGCAAUCGCAUCGUGGUAGCACGAUCUAUGGACUGGUUAACGCCCACGAAUUCGACCAUCUAUGUGUUCCCCGCGGGCCUUAAUCGAACAGGCAAAGCAGGAGAAAAUUCGGCAAACUGGACGAGCAAAUACGGCUCUGUGAUCCUGACGGCCUACGACAUUUCUACCGUGGACGGCAUGAACAGCCAAGGCUUGGUCGCAAAUCUCCUGUACCAUGCGUCCGCCGACUACGGUCCAAGGAAUUUAUCAAUGCCCGCAAUGUCAAUUGCCAUAUGGCCGCAAUACUUCCUGGAUCGGUAUAGCAACGUCAGUCAAGCUGCCGAUGAUAUGUUCGACAAGGACGGCCUGCCCAAAUUCCAAGUCAGGACAAAAGAGGUCGUCCCAGGAGUGAAGACCGAACUGCAUCUCAGCCUCACCGAUGCGACAGGCGACAAUCUGAUUCUCGAAUGGAUCGGCGGAGACCUGGUCGUCCACCAUGGGAAACAAUACAACGUCAUGACCAAUGAACCCAAUUUUGAUUCACAGCUCGCCAUCAAUGAGUACUGGGCAGACAUUGCCAAUGUCUCUCUGCCUGGGACAGAUCGACCGGCGGAUCGAUUCGCGCGUCUUUCACAUUACGUCAACGUCGCCCCAGGUUCAACCGAUCAGACAUCAGCUAUAUCGACGGCAGCUGGCAUGAUCCGUGCAGUCAGCGUGCCAAUGGAGCCCAUUAAUAUUAAGACGCCUAACAUCACCCCAACUUUGUGGAGGACCUAUGCAGACACCAAAGCGAAGAUGUAUUUCUAUGAAAGCGCCUCGGAUGGCAAGUUCUUUUGGGUUGAUUACUCGGACAUAAACUUGGGAAAGACUGGUCAAAUCAUGAAACUACCUCUGAUAGGCGUCAACUGGACCGACAGGGUUGGUGACAUGACGAAUGAACUGGUGGAGUCUGCUUCCUUCCAGUUCUUAGAAAUCGAUACUUAA